GUGUUGAGUUGAGAAUGCCAAAAUCGGACGAGUUUACGAUCUUUGAUAGGCUUUCCCGAGCUGAAUCGCAGAUAUGAUCGUUCGGAGGUAGGAUCGCGAUCAAAGUCGUGGAUGCGUGGGAUCUGCAAAGGCGAGAAAAACCGGUUUUGAAAAAACCUAGUUACUUCGUUCCUCUCCUUUCGUUUUAGUGAUUCGCACUCGUAUCUCGUAUUCAUUCGCGUUUGCUGUUGGAAUAUUGUUCGGAUAUUAAUUUGCGGUGGAUUGAAGUUUGAACUUUGAACCAUGACUUCAUAUUAAAAUGGAGCGCUGUGUGUUCUAGAGCAAUGUAGGGUGUUCUGGAGCAAGAGCAAGGCUUAAUCCGAGUUUUCAACCGCUCUCUCUCUCUCUUUUUUGCUGAAUUUUUCAACCCCUCCCUGUCCCAGGUAAAUCUCGAUUUUGACAAGCUACUUGAAAUUACUCGAGGGAAUGAGGAUUGUUGGACUGACGGGUGGAAUAGCGUCUGGGAAGAGCACCGUUUCCAAUCUGUUCAAGUCGCAUGAUGUUCCCGUUGUAGAUGCUGAUAUUGUCGCUCGCGAGGUGUUAAGGAAAGGGAGUGGUGGAUGGAAGAAAGUCGUUGCGGCUUUUGGUGACGAAAUUCUUCUCGAAAAUGGAGAAGUCAAUAGACCUAGUCUUGGCCAAAUUGUUUUCUCGGAUCCGGAUAAGCGUCAAUUUCUCAACCGAUUGCUGGCUCCUUACAUAUCACGUGGAAUAUUUUGGGAGAUUUUGAAGCUAUGGAUGAAGGGUUAUAAGGUCAUUGUUCUUGACGUGCCUUUGUUAUUUGAGGCUAAGAUGGACAGGUUCACCAAGCCUGUUAUUGUUGUAUGGGUUGAUCCUGAGACGCAGAUUCAGCGGCUCUUGGCGAGAGACAAGUCCGGUGAGGAGGAUGCUCGGAAUAGGAUUAAUGCUCAGAUGUCACUGGAUGUUAAAAGGGGUAAAGCUAAUAUAGUUAUAGAUAACACUGGUUCAUUGGAUGACUUGAAUCAGCAGUUCCUGAAAGUUCUUGUUGAGGUCACAUGGCCAUUGACUUGGACUGAGUUUUCGUGCUCCAGGCAGGGAGUCUUCACCAUUCUUGCUUCUGUUGCCUCAGGUCUUGUUUUGUUUGUGAAGGCAUUCAACAACCAUUCCCGCACUUCAUAGCCACUUGUGUUCUACAUAUUAGUUAAUGUAUUAUUUAUGUCCCCCCUAAAGCCCUGAACCCUUCACUUCAAAUUCCCCAACAAAUGCUGCUGUUCAAAGUUAUAUUAAUUUAAAUUUGAAUAUACAACUUCAAAUUUUAAAUAACUAAGGGAGAAGAACCAUACUAUUAUAUUUCUUAUGUCAUUUUGUUUCUUUUUGUUGUCGUUGGUUGGAAAAUAACUAUAGUUGAUUGGUUGUUGAAGGCUUCUGAACAUAUUUGUGAGAGAAUUUUAAAGAUAUGUCAUGUUUGAUAAGCGCAUGUCUCUGAA